AUGCUGGGAGACGACAUAGAGGACCGAGAGCUAGGACUGGGAGGCCCAAGGAGGGGCCAGAAGAGCAGGAUGCUGGUUGUGAAGGCAUCUAAGUCGUUGGUGCGGUUUAUUUCGAUUCUAUUUCUAGCAGGUUCGACGCUCUUGUUGCUAUUCAUUGUGAUGUCCGGGAGCAUCAACCAUGCGCCUAUAAACAAGUUUUACUGGCUCCAGGCGGACACUUCUAACAUUUCGAGUGCGCCUGCACUCUCUAGAUGGACGUUCUGGGGUGUGUGUGGAGUUUCAGGCGGGAAGAACGUGAACUGCACGGACCUGGGGCCAGCGUAUCCGUUGUCUCCGGUGGACAACUUCCACACGAAGGUUGGGAUGCCGCACGAUUUUGUCGCUAACAGAAGCACAUACUACUACUUGACGAGGUUUUCGUUUGUGUUUUUGUUGCUAGCGUUGGUGUUUGUUGGGCUAGCCAUGUUGUUUUAUUUGAUGUCGUGGGUGUCUGGAGCGUUCCAGGGCACGAUAUUUGUACUCAUUGGGCUCGGGACGUUGUUGAACAUCACUGGGAGUGCAUGUCAGACGGCAGCUGUUGCGAUGGCCAAGAACAAGUUCAAGGAUGAUCAUUUCAAGGCCAAGAUUGGCGUCAAGAUGAUGGCAUUUGCGUGGACCACGGUAGCGUUGGACAUUUGUCUGUUCUUCUUGCUCGGGUCCUUUUUCUUGAAGCGGGUAUACAAUGCGCACCGCGAGUUUGUUGAGCUGCAAAAGUACAAGGAGCAAACGGCUGCCGUGGGCUACGACCAGCAAGGGCUCGACCAGGGAAUAGGCGGAAUGGGUCCCGUGAACACCAUGGGUCCUAUUGCCGGCGAUACUGUGGAAGACCCUAAGCCGGAGCCACCACACCAGUCUGGGAUCAAGUUCUUUAAGAUUAGAAGGACUCACAAGUCGGAUGAUGAGUCGAUGUAG